AUGCCAAAUGUUGGCAUAUCUAUUGCCAAUAUUAAAAAAUUUCAAGAUACUUUUCAGUUAAAUAUUAGGGCAGAACUACUUAUUAAAAGAGCUCAACUACAGGGAAAUAUUGUAAAUUAUGCUAUUUUUCGAAAAUUGGAUAGAGAAUGUAUACAAAUUCAACAUAUUAGAUUCAAUUUAUGCUGGGAAUUGGUAAACUUUGUGUAUUAUCUAUUAAGAGUGAAUAUCAUUACAGAUCCUAAUGAAAUUGAUGUCAUUCUUGAUAAAUGCACAGAUCUUCAGAUUGAGGAAGAAGAAGAAUAA